AUGGAGAAGCCAGAACACCCCACCUUCAACACCAUGAACAACAUCAGCAACGGCAGCAACAACAACUAUGGCAUCAACGCUUUCCUGCAGUCCGUGUCGGAAAUUCACACCCCGCUGAGCAAGCGCGAGACGAACAGCGACAUUCACUACCGACCGUCGGCGUUCGCAUCUUCGCUUCGUGACACCACGAAUCACAAAUUCCAUCCCGGCAGCGCCGUUCACCACGGGAGCUACGGAACGCCGUUCACGGGAACGCGAGGCGGGACGCCGUUCACGGGAGUGCGAGGCGGGGCGAAGGUGCGCCAGUCCCCAGCGGUGCAGCGGAAGGAGGUGCUUCAGCUGAUGGAGGAGCGGGAUGAAGCGCAACGAGCGGCCAAGGCGAUCUUCGAGGAAAAACGAGACCUCGAGGCGGUGCACGAGCGGUUACUGGAGGAGUACGAGGAGAAGGAGAUGGAGUUGGAGGAGGCGAUGGCUGCCAGGGACACGGAGGUCAACCGACGGAAGCAACUCGAGAACGCCUUGGCAGUGGCGGAGGGGAAGGACGGAGACGGGUGGCGGCGUCUGCAGAGGGAGCAGCAGCUGCAGGAGCAGGUGCAGGCUCUGAGGCGGGAGACGGCGGGGCUGAAGCGACAGGUGGAGGAGGCGAAGUGGCGCGAAGAGGAGACGAAGGAGAAGUUGAAGGAGUGCCAGAACAAGCUGGAGCAGGCCUCUCUCCCUUUUGAGCUCCUCAAGUUCACCAAUCCCGUCACGACCCAACCUCUCGGGCCCUCAACACGUGCUGCUCGUCCUCCCGAACUCCCAUCCCUUGGUUCCUCUCCAGGCCACUGCAUGGAGGCGCAAGUGGGAGGCGGCGGAGAGGGAGCUGGGCGAGGCGAGGCAGGAGCUGGCUCGCCUGGAGGCUGCUUCGUGGAGGCGCAAGUGGGAGGCGGCAGAGAAGGAGCUGGGCGAGGCGAGGCAGGAAAUGGCUCGCCUGGAGGUGCAGCAGCGGCGUCUUCCGCACAUGGAGAAGCAGCUGCAGGCUGGUUCCAACCUCUUGUGGAGCAGGAGCUGGCUCGCCUGGAGGUGCAGCAGCGGCGCCUGCCGCAUCUGGAGAAGCAGCUGCAGGUGUGUCUCACGGCAGCGUGUGGGUAUGGUCCUUCUCAAGCCGACUCAAAGCAGGCAUGGUUUGGCUCCUCCUUGAAGCACCUGGCUAACCUGAAGGGAGAGGUGGAGAGGUGGAGAGGCAAGGCGGAGGAGACGGAGCGAGAGGUGGAGGAGCAGAGGACGAGGGCCAAGGUGGCGGAGGUCAAGAAGGCGACCCUUGAAGAGCUCGUGGCUUCCCUGACGGUGAGAGCACUGAAGCUGGGGUUCUUGCGCUGUUUUGUAUGUUGGAUUAUCUUAGAGGUCUUGUCGAAGGAGCAGAGGACGAGGGCCAAGGUGGCGGAGGUCAAGAAGGCGACCCUUGAAGAGCUGGUGGGUUCCCUCACGAAGGAGGAUAGAGAUGACGGCGACAUUGAGGGCAAGGGGGGAGAGGAAGCAGAGGCGGAAAAGGUGGAAGAGGAGGAGGCGGAGGAGGAGGAUGAGGAGGAGGAGGAGAAGUGGAAGGACGAGCAACUGAAUCAGCAGCUGCAGGUGCUGAAAGAGGCGUUCCAGGAGUUCGAAGGCAUCAGAUCCGCGUGUGACGAAACAGAAUCGGCUUCUGCAGAAACAGCCCCUGAGGUGCCUCAACAGCAGUGUGCAGGCAUGAACGCGGCUGAUCCCCCCCACUCCGCCUCGGCCCCUCCCCCGUCCCCAGCCCCCGCGGUUGGGGGUGCACUAGCUGGAUACCAGAUAGGCACGCCAGGGGCUUGGGGAAGGCUGAGUCUGGCGGCAGGAAAGGAGAGUCUGGGGGGAGGGGCCGGGAGUGUGUGCACAACGGGGAGUGUGGGCACGACGGGGAGUGUGGGGAGUGUGGGGUACGGACAGAGCGAGGAGACGGGGAGGGUGAUCAGGAGCCUGCAGUCGAAGGUGCGCGCGGCGCUGCGGGAGAGGGACGCGGGGAGGGUGGAGUGCGCGCGGCUGAGCGAGAUGGUGGCGGGGCUGCGGAGGGACCUGGCGCGGGCAGAGGAGGCGGAAGGGAAGGCGGGGGCGGAGGCGGCGGAGGUGAGGAAGCAGCUGCUACAGGCGAAGGAAGAGCAGAAGGCAGAGGUGAGGGGACGGGAUGAGGUAGAUGCCGGUGCUGUUGGUUGUGUUGAUGCGGAAGCUCUGCUGGCGGAGAGAGAGCAGCGGGCGGCGCAGCUGAUGUCAGCAGAGGGAGCUCGGCUGGAGGGGGAGAAGGAGAAAGCCCUGCUCGCCGCGGACCUCUCCUCCACCAGGGCGGAGGUCUCCCGCCUGGAGAGGAGCAUGGCAGAGUCAGAGAAGCUGUCCAAGCAGUGGUUAUCCUCGCUACAAGCAGAACUCGUUGUGGUUAAAACGGAGCUGGAGCGCAAGGAGCGCAAGCUGGAAGAAGCUACACGCGAGUUGAACGUUAAGUUUAGGGAGUGCGAGAGGAUGGAGAGGGCCUGGGAGAAGCAGCAGGAGGCUUGGAACGGAGAGGCGCAAGAGGCAGCGGUGCAGCUCGUUUCAGUGCGGUUGGACCUGGCUGGUUGCGGUUUUGAGAGGAGUGAGGCCGAGAGGGAGUGGGAGGAGGAGAAGAGGGCGAGGGAGGAGGAGUGGGUGGGCAGGGAGAAGGAGUGGGAUGAGGAGAAGCUGAGGUGGAUCAAGGAGCAGCUGAGGUGGGCAGCGAAGGAGCGGGAAUGGGCGAAGGAAGCGGAUGAGCAGAAGGAGCACGUGGCAUGGCUUGAAGCGAGCCUGUCCGGGGCAGAGCAGGAGAAGCAGGAGCUUCUGCAGGCUAAGAAAGAGGCGGAGCAGGAGCGAGAGGAGGUGGAGAUGGAGAGGGAGGAACUGGAGCAGGAGAGGAGGCGAUUGGAAGGGGUGGUGGUUGCUCUGCGGGACGAGGGUCAGAGACUGGCGCAGGAACUUGAAGAGGUACGAAAGCAGGCGGAGGAGGAGCGGGAGCAGGCGGAGGCGGAGCAGCAGGCAGCGCAGCGGGCGAUGCAUGCGGCCCAGCAGGAGUGGGAACAGAAGGAGGAGCAAUGGGGUGAGAAGGAGAGCGGCUGGGCUUCUCAGCUAGAGGAGUGGACACGGAAGGAGGAGCAGUGGACGGCCUGUGAGGCGCAGAUGGCAGCUCAGGUGGGGUGCUUGGAUGAGGAGAUUACUGGGCUGAAAGUGGCACACGCAGCGGAGCAGCAGGCGUGGGCGGAGAAGCAGUGCAGGUGGGCAUCUGAGGUAGAGGAAUGGACGCGGAAGGAGCAGCAGUGGGCGGGCUGUGAGGCGCAGAUGGCAGCUCGUGUGAGGUGCUUGGAUGAGGAGAUUACUGGGCUGAGGGAAGCGCGAGCAACCGAGCAGCAGGCAUGGGCAGAGAAGGAGAGGCAGGAGCAGGGACGAGUAGCCUCUCUGGUAGAGCAGUGGGGACAGAAGGAAGAGCAGUGGGGGCAGAAGGAGGAGCAGUGGGAGGCAGAGAGGAGGGAACUGGUCGGCAAGGGAGAGGCGCUGUCUGCUCAGGCUAUGCUUCUGACUGAAGAGUUUGCUGCUGUGAAGCGGGCGUACGCGGGGGAGCAGCAGGAUUGGGCGGAAGAAAAGGGGGAGCUCGCUGCUGCACAUGAGGAGCUGUCUGCUCGGGCUAUGCUUCUAACUGAAGAGUUUGCUGCUGUGAAGCGGGCUUACGCGGGGGAGCAGCAGGAGUGGGCGGUAAAGGGGAAUGAGUGGAGGGCGAGGGAGCAGGAGUGGGAGGUGCUGGGGCAGCAGCAGAGGGUGCGGCUGGGGGAAAUGGAGACCGCGUUGGAGUGUGUUAAGGCAGAGAAGGCUGCUGUGGAGGAGGAGGUUGGAGACGUGAGGCAGGAGAGGGAGGAGCUGACGAGGGCCGUUGAUGCUCUAGAGCGCGAGAAGCAGGAGCUGGUCACAGCCGUUGAUUUAUUGGAGAAGGAGCGGGCGGCGGAGCGGGAAGAAUGGGGAAAGAAGGAAGAGGAAUGGAAGCAAGAGAAGGUAUUGCAGGAGGAGCAGAUGAGGGAGCUUCAGGGGGUGUUAAAAGCCGUGAAACAGGAGAGUUUUCAACAGAGAAUGGAGUGGGAAGGCAAGGAAGGGGAGUGGCUGGCGAAGGGGCAAGAGUGGCAGGAGAAGGAGCUGGCGUGGCAUUGCAGGGAGGGUAUCCUGGGUGAGGCUCUUGCUGCCGUGGAGGCAGACCUGUGUGCGGUGAAGGGAGAUCUGGUAGAGAAGCAUCAGGCGAUAGCAGCAGCGGAGCAAGAGCUGCGCCUGUUAAAGGGAGAGCUGACAGCAAAGGAGCAGACGAUUGCAUGCUGGCAGGAGAAGGAGCAGGCUUGGACUUGCAGGGAGGGCGUUCUGGGUGAGGCUCUUGCAGCAGGGGAGGAGGAGUUGUGUGCGGUGAAGGGGGAUCUGACAGCGAAGGAGCAGACGAUAGCAGCAGCGGAGCAAGAGCUGUGUGCUGUGAGGGAAGACCUGGCAGCGAAGCAGCAGGCGAUUGAAUGCUGGCAGGAGAAGGAGCAGGCGUGGCAGUGUAGGGAGGGCAUUCUGGGUGAAGUCAUUGCAGCAGCGGAGGAGGAGUUGUGUGCGGUGAAGGGGGAUCUGACAGCGAAGGAGCAGGAGUGGGUGGAGAAGGUGGGGGUUAUGGAUGGACUGAUGGCAGCUCUGCAGAAGAAUCUGGCAGCAGCUCAGGCUGACGUGGAGACUGCUGAAGCUGAGCUGGCAGCAGUGAGGAAUGAGCUGGCAGAGAGGGAUCAGGAGCUGGCAGUAACGGAGCAGGGAUGGGCUGAGAAGGAGGCGGCCUGGGAGGAGGCAAGGGAAACAUUUGAGGAGAGAGUGAAAGAACUCGAAGAGAGCAUUGCACGCAUGGAAGAAGAGAGAUCAGAUAUGCUGCGUGAGAUGCUAUCCAAGCAGGAGGAAUGGGCGGAGAAGGAGCAGCAGCUGCUGCUGGUGCAGCAUGAGCAGCAGGAGUCGGCUGCAGGUGCAUUAUCAGCUGCGGAGGCAGCAAGGGAAGAGGCAGAGGUGCAGGGGCAAGCCUGGCUGGCUCGGGCAGAAGCAGCAGAGAAGAGAGAGGAGGGACUGAGGGAGGAGAUGGAUGGUUUGGUUCAGGAAGCAGCGGCUAGGCACCAGAGGGUGGUGAGAGACUUGACUGAGGCGCGUGGGAAGCUGGAUGCGGUGAAUGCGCGGUUGAAUGCGGUUCUGGGAGAAAGGGAUGGGUUGAAACGGGAGCUGGAGAGCGUGAGGAGGGAGUUUGGGAGGGAGAGGGACGGGUGGGUGAAGGAACGGGCGGGUUUGGAGGAGAAAGUGAGAGGUUUGGAGGAGAAUGGGAGUAGUUUGGAGGAGACAGUGAGGGGUUUGGAGGAGUCAAAUGCUCACCUGAGAGCAGCAGUUUCCCAGCUGCAGGGGCAGAAGGUGGCAUUGGAAGAGACGGUGGGAAAGCUGAGGGAUUUGAAUGUGGAUCUUGAGCAGGCGAACGGGCAGCUUAUGGGAGGCAAUGUGCAGUUGGAGGCGAGCGUCGGGCAGCUUAGAUCGGCCAACGGGCAGCUGAAAGCAGCAGUGGCGCGGUUGGAAGGGGAGAAGGGGGCGGUAGAGGCGGAGAGGGCGGAAAGGGAGGCGGAGUGGGAGGUGGAGAGGGAGGGGAUGGAGAGGGAGAGGGGGAGGUUGGUGGGGGAGAGGGAGAGGCUUGUGGGGGUGAAUGCGCAGCUGAAGGCUGCUGUGGGGAGGCUGGAGGGGGAGAAGGGGGAGGCGGAGUGUGGGAAGGCGGAAGCUGAGGCGGAGUAUGCGGAGCUGAAGGGGGAGAGGGCGGAGCUGGUGGUUGAACUGCGUGCGUUAAAGGAGACAGUGAGUGGGUUGGAGGAUGAGAAGAGGGAGGUGGAGAGGCAUUACGAGGAGCUGACGAACGAAGUGUGUGUACUGAAGGAGGCUGUGUGUGGGUUGGAAGCGGUAAGAGAUGGGUUGGAGGAGCAGAAGAGGGAGGUGGAGAGGAAGAACGAGGAGCUGCUUGGGGAGAGGGAGCGGCUGAAGGGCGAACUGGCACAGGCUCUGUCAGAGAAGGGAGAGGUUGACGCGGAGAGGGAGGAGUUGCAGACAGAACUGGGACAGGUGCUUUCGGAGAAGGGAGGGGUUGAAGCCGAGAGGGAGCAGCUGCAGGCGGGUAUCGGCGAGUUGGAGAGGGAAAUUGGCCAGCUGAGGGCGGAAGGAGCAGCUUUGGCUGCAGCGAAGGGGGCUUUGGAGGAGGAGCGAGUGGUGCUGCUGGCUGGUGCGGCUGAGAUGGAGAGAGAAAUCGAGCAGGUGAAGUCUGAAAAUGAGGAUUUAUGUGCUCAUAAGAAGGGGUUGGAAGGAGAAAGGGAGAGCUUGGAGGCUGAGAGGGCGAGUUUGCUGGCUGAGAGGGAGGGCUUGCUUGCUGACAAGGCUGGGCUGCAGAAGGAGAGGGACGGAUUAGUCGAGGAGCGGGAGGUGCUUCAGCAGGAGAAGGGUGAGUUGGAGGAGAGGGUGGAGAGGACGGAGAGGGAAGUAGAGGCAGGGAAGCAGGAGAGGGGGAGGUUGGAGGAGAGGGUGGUUGCCCUGACAGUGGAGGGAGAGGAGCUGACUUUGAAGGUCGGGGAGCUUGAACUUGAAAGGGCUCGUUUGAUGGACCAGACAGGAGGGCUGAUCAGGGAGAAGGAGGUGCUGACUGGUGAAAAGGAGAGAUUGGUGGAGGGGAAGGCAGCAGUUGAAGCUGAGAGGGAUGGGCUGAAGGAACAGUUAGGGGAGCUGGAAAUAGAGAGGGCGGGUCAUGUGGAGCAUAUUAGGUCUCUCCAGGCAGAUAAGGGGGUGCUGAUGGGUGAGAGGGAGGAGCUGGUAAAGCAGAAGGCAGCAGUGGAGGCUGAGAGGGAUGGGCUGCAGGUGAAGAUAGGGGAGCUGGAGGUUCAGAGGGAGGAACUGGCAGUGAAGCACAGGGAGCUGGGAGGUGAGAGGGUUCGGCUGAUAGAGCAGAUCGAGGAUUUGAACAGAGAGAAGGAGGUGCUGAUGGGUGAGAGGGAGGAGUUGGUCGAGGAGAAGGCAGCAGUGGAGGCUGAGAGGGAUGGGCUGAAGGUUAAGCGUGGGGAACUUGAAGGUGAGAGGGUUCGUUUGAUAGAGCAGAUUGAGGAUUUGAACCGAGAGAAGGAUGUGCUGAUGGGUGAGAGGGAGGAGUUGGUCGAGGAGAAGGCAGCAGUGGAGGCUGAGAGGGAUGGGCUGAAGGUUAAGCGUGGGGAACUUGAAGGUGAGAGGGUUCGUUUGAUAGAGCAGAUUGAGGAUUUGAACCGAGAGAAGGAUGUGCUGAUGGGUGAGAGGGAGGAUUUGGUGGAGGAGAAGGCAACAGUGGAGGCUGAGAGGGAUGGGCUGAAGGUGAAGCAAGGGGAGCUUGAAGCUGAGAGGGCGGUUCUUGUAGAGCAAAUUGGGUGCUUGCAGGCAGAUAAGGGUGUGCUGAUGGGUGAAAAGGAGGAGUUGGUGGAGGAGAAGGAAGCAGUGGAGGGUGAGAGGGAUGGACUGAAGGUGAAGCAAGAGGAGCUUGAAGCUGAGAGGGUGGUUCUUGUGGAACAGAUUGGGUGCUUGCAGGCAGAGAAGGGUGUGCUCGAGGCGACGGUGGGACGGCUGCAAGGGGAAUGGACAGCGCUUCAAGGAAAGCUUGAUUCGUUACAAGGGGAGCAUGACUCGUUACAGGGAGAGUUUGAUUCGCUGCAAGGAGAGUUCGGUGCACUGCAGCAGCAGAAGGUGGGCGUGGAAGCGGAGAGGGCAGAGCUGCAAGACAAGGCUCGUUCUCUGGAGGAGAGGCGAGCAGAUUUGGAAGGAGAGAAGGCCACCUUGGAGGGAGAGAAGGCUGCUUUGGAGGACGUGGUGCGAGGUCUGACAAAGGAGAAGCAGUCAGUUGAGAGUGCCAACUGCGAGCUCAAGGCCUCGUUGAGCGAGAGUAGGAGCACUGCGGCGCAGCUAGAGAAUGCAGUGGAGGAGCGGGAGGGUGCUAAUUGCGAGCUCAAAGCGUUGCUGAGCGAGAGUAAGACCACGGUGCAGCAGCUAGAGCAUGCACUGGAGGAGCGGGAGGGUGCUGUGAGGAGGUUGGAGGGGACUGUGCAGCAGCUAGAGCAGUCAUUGGAGGAGCGGGAGGGCGCUAAUUGCGAGCUCAAAGCAUUGCUGAGUGAGAGUAGGAGCACUGUGGCGCAGCUAGAGAAUGCACUGGAGGAGCGGGAGGGUGCUGUGAGGGCUUUGGAGGGCACAGUGCAGCAGCUGGAGCAGAAAUUGGAGGGCGCUAACUGCAAGCUUGAGGCGUUGGUGGAGGAGAGUAGGAGCACGGUGCAGCAGCUGAAGGAUGCAGUGGAGGAGAGGGAGGGUGCUGUGAGGAGGCUGGAAGGGACUGUGCAGCAGCUAGAGCAGUCAUUGGAGGAGAGGGAGGGCGCUAAUUGCGAGCUCAAAGCAUUGCUGAGCGAGAGUAGGAGCACUGUGGCGCAACUAGAGAAUGCACUGGAGGAGCGGGAGGGUGCUGUGAGGGCUUUGGAGGGCACAGUGCAGCAGCUGGAGCAGAAAUUGGAGGGCGCUAACUGCGAGCUUGAGGCGUUGGUGGAGGAGAGUAGGAGCACGGUGCAGCAGCUGAAGGAUGCAGUGGAGGAGAGGGAGGGUGCUGUGAGGAGGCUGGAAGGGACUGUGCAGCAGCUAGAGCAGUCAUUGGAGGAGAGGGAGGGCGCUAAUUGCGAGCUCAAAGCAUUGCUGAGCGAGAGUAGGAGCACUGUGGCGCAACUAGAGAAUGCACUGGAGGAGCGGGAGGGUGCUGUGAGGGCUUUGGAGGGCACAGUGCAGCAGCUGGAGCAGAAAUUGGAGGGCGCUAACUGCGAGCUUGAGGCUUUGGUGGAGGAGAGUCGGAGCACUGUUCAGCAGCUGAAGGAGACGUUGGAGGAGAGGGAGGGUGCUGUUAGGAGGUUGGAAGGGGCAGUGCAGCAGCUAGAGCAGACAGUGGAGGAGAGGGAGGGCGCUAACUGCGAGCUUGAGGCCUUGGUGGAGGAGAGUAGGAGCACAGUGCAGCAGCUGAAGGAGACGUUGGAGGAGAAGGAGGGUGCUGUUAGGAGGUUGGAGGAUGCAGUGCAGCAGCUAGAGCAGAAAUUGGAGGAGAAGGAGGGUGCUAACUGCGAGCUUGAAGCAUUGGUGAGUGAGAGUAGCAGCACGGUGCAGCAACUGAAGCAUGCACUGGAGGAGCGGGAGGAUGCUGUGAGGAGGCUGGAGGGGGCAGUGGAGGAAUUGGAGAGGGAGAAAAAGGCGGGAGAGGAGGAGAUCAGUGCAAUGAAGGUGGAGCGAUCAGAGCUAGAGGCUUCCCUGCUGCAGCUGCAAGUGCGACAGGUGGAGCUGGAAAGUUGUCUUCAGGAGACGAAAGGAGAGAAGGAGAAGUUGGAGUUAAGGCUGCAGCAGGCGCAGCAGGUACAGCAGGAGAUGCAGCAGCGAUUGCAGAGGAAGGAGGAGAUGAGAGGGAAGCAGGAGGAGUGGGCGCAGGUGGAGAAGAGAUGGGAUGCAGAGAUGAGGGAGAAGGAAGCUGCGUGGAAGGAGAUGGAGGGGAGGCUGAGGGGAGAGGUGGCGGAGAGGGACGGACAAGUGGGGAGGCUGAAUGGGCUGGUGGAGGGGCUACAGGGGCAGAUGAGGGAGGAGAGAGAGCGUGUUGUGGCUUUGACUGGACAAGUGAAUGAGCUUCUGGAAAUGAAGGGGCAGAUUGAGGAGCAGAGGGAGGGGAUUGUGAGGGAGAAGGAACAGCUGGGGGAGAGAGUGAGGGAGUUAGAGGGGAGGUUGGUGGAGGUGGAGGAGGAGAGGGGGAACGCAGUGCGGGAGUGUGAGGCUGAGAUAGAGAGGAUGGGAGAGGAGGUGAGGGAGAGGGAGAGGGAGAUGAGGAGGCGAGAGGAGGAGGUAGUGGCAGCAGUGGAGGGGGAGAAGAGGAGGGUGAAGCAGGAGUAUGCGGGGAGGGAGGCGAGGAGGGAGGAGAGGAUGGAGAGGGAGAUUGCCAAGCUUCAGGCAGCCGAGCAGGAGGAGAAUCAGACGCUAAAGCAAAAGGUCGAAGUGCUGGAGCAGAGGCAGGAGCAGAUGGAGCAGAGGAUUCAAGGGGAGAGGGAGCAGCUGCAGGAGAGCCAGAAGCAGCUUCACGCUCUGGAGAGCCAG